AUGGAGUAUCGCUUUUUAAAAGGAUUCUUAGUGGUUUUGUUGAUACAACACAGCACUGGCGAAGGUAGGAUGGCAUUAUGCAGACAGGUUUAUUUAUUUACAUGACAGCAUCUUUACAGUUACAUAUCCAGUGGUUAACUAUGUGUGAUGUGUUAUGCUUUCCAUUUGCAUUUUGACACAAUACAUGAAUAAAUUACUGAAAGCAUUUUUCCUUACCAGUCAAUCUUGAGUAGUCCAGUUUGUGUAAUAAAAUGCCAAAAAUGUCAAAUACUAUCUCCUUAGAUCUACCUACCUCCAUCCAAUCAUCCACAACACUCAACCUCCAAGAGGGCCAGACCUUACCUCAAGAACAAGAGCUGCCCCCUGCAGAGGUGGUACCCGUGGUGGCCCCCCCUAGUCUGGAAGAGGUGCAGCAGGCCGUGCAAGAGGCCUCUGAGCAGGUGGAGGGACGUGGGGCUGAGGAAGUACUAAAGGAGCUGCUGGAGAGGGUGGUGGAGGCAGCUCUGGGGCAGGCGGAAGGAGGAGGUGAACCAAAGGCAGAAGAGUCACUAGAGCAGGAAACGGUGGAGGAAGCAACUGAAACUAACACAGGGGAAGAAGUGUCGGAGCAGAGAGUGGAGGAAAAGACGGAGGGUGAAGACAGUGACCCCGAGGAAGCAGAAACUGGUGUUGGAGAACAGACGGUAGCAGAGGAUGAAGCACUUGUCGAUGUAGAUGUGGAGGGGAAAGAAGUUAUUGAUGAGGUGGUUACGACUGCAGCUGAAUCCAUGGAUGAUGUAACAAAAGUUGUAGAAACUGGAGGCAGUAAAACAGAGGGGGUGGAGGUUAUUGGUGCAUCUCCAGACACCAUAGUUAGUCAGGAGGUUGUAGAAGAAACUGUAGCUGCUUUAGGGGUGACAGAUGGGUAUUUAGUGGAUGAUGCAGGCGUGGAAGACAACAAGGAGCAAGUUCUGUUGUUGGAUGAAAAAGAAGCAGCUGAGGCUGAAGCACAGGUGGUGGAGGAACCUCCAGCUGUUGUGGAGGUGGCAGUAGAUGGAGAGACAGAGCAGGAGACGGUGGUAGAGUCAGAUUCAAGCCUGGAAGAAAAGAUAGGGGAUGCAGGGGGAGAGGAAGUAGUGGUGAUGGAAGAAUCUCUGGUGGAGGGAGAGGCAAUAGUCCCAGUUUCUGAUAAUUCUGAGAUGGAAACAGCACAAACAGCAGCAGAGGAGCCAGUAGACGAAAUGAAAGAGGAAAACAUACUGAAGGACACUUUGGGAUCAGAGGUAGAGGGCGAAGAAGGCCAGUUAUUGAUGGAGGAGGAAGCAGCUGGGGAAGAGGUAGAGGUAGAAGAAGCAAUUGCAAGGACAGCAGAAGGGGGUGAAACCCAUCGAGAUAGCAUAUCAGAGGAGUUGGAUUUGGUAAAUGAGAGUUUUGAUGACCAACGGGCCGAAGAAGAGGAGCAAAAUGUUCUGGAGGACAUGCACGGCAGUGAAAACGAGGAACAAGGUGAGAAAUGUAAAGCAAUGGAAAUUAAAUCCAGACCGAGCAUGUGCAACAAAACUCAAAGAGAGAAAUAAGGCUAUGCAGGGGUCUUAUACUUACAACUGCCCUAUAACGUAUAUCUCAUCCAUUUACAUCCCAUAUAAGUAAUGGACAAUACUUUUUAAAUUGUUGUAUUUCUCUAUUUACUUUUUAAAAUAAGAAGAACUUUAUUCAUCCCCAAAGGGAAAUUCAAUAGGAUAAGUCCUAUCAUCAAUAAGUCCUAUUCAUAAAUUUGGUCAUACAAACCUUAACUGCAAUGGUAUUUAUCUUAAAACAUUGUGCUGCAUUAGACUCAGCAGCUUUAUUUAAGCUUACAUGUUUUGCAACUUAACCUACUUUGGGAGGGGAAAGCUCUUGGAGAUUAUUAGCCUCUUAAUUUCACUUGACAAUAACAAUGGUAACAAGCUCAUGUCCUGAAAAGCUAAAAUUAAAACGUUGAACAUUAGCUGCUCCAGCUGUGUUAGCUGUGCUUUUUUUGUCAGAGAUGUUUUUAUGCUUUUUGGGGAAAACUCUUGAGAAAAAUAUUUACUCCAAAUCUCUUGACAUGAGCAUGAAUCAUUUAUCAGACUGAACUUUUAAAAUUCACAGAAAGCCCACUGAUUGUUGUGACACACGCUAGAGCUGGUGCUGCGAAGACACUGACGAGUUAGCUUACACGCACUUUUAAGGGAAUACAAAUUACGGUCCACUUGCAACGCUGAGCUGCGGCACAUUUACGCUUUAUUCUACAUUCCAAGGGUCCACUUAACAGACCCUAAACCUUGGCCUCUUGGCUUCAUUUUCACAUGUGUGUCACAUACCAAACCCCUCUUCUAGAAGUGCUGGUGAUCUCUGCCCCAGAGCCUGACAAUGGUGCUGACGUCUCCAUUGAGCAGAGGCCCGAGAACCAGACGCCAACCCAGAGUCUGUCCUUUGGAGAGGUGGAGACAGUAGAAAAUACCCUCGAUGAUCAGACACCUAACCAUGGCAACAAGAUCAUCACUCCCACUGAUGAAGCUCUGCCAAAUGACCCUGCUGUGGCCGAGCCUACGCCGGAUAAUUUUGUGGAGGGUGUUCUGGCUGCAGUCCCUCAGGGAGAGGCCGAGGAACUCAGAGAGGCCAACGAGCAGGUGGAGGAUGCAGCUGGAGCCACAGGUAAAGAAUGGAAUAGAAGAAUACACCAAUGGCCAUGAAAUCAUGAAUCCCUGGGCAAUCUAAUCUAACUGUUCUUUAAAGUAAUUUCUCAGGUUGUCGUGAAUUUUGAUGGUAUCAAAAAAACUGGAAAUUAAAAAAAUUAGAAGGAUUUGUGGUUGAGCUGUUAGACCGGCUAAUAAUGUUAUAACUAUUUGUUAUAUUUCACAUUACAUAACAGCUCAAUCAGUCUGGUCUGUACCAGUCCUUUCCUUGUGCCCCAAUAAAGAAAGAUUCGAGGGGAACUGAACUUUCAAAUAACACUGACAAUAACUGCGGAUCUCAGUGCAGUUUCUAGACUGUCUUCCUGACUAAUAUAUUACAGCAGACUUUCUGCAGCUUAAAACUUGGGUGGAGAAAAGACGGGGGAAAACAGAUCAUCAUCAUGAUUCUGCCAACUAAAUAUGCAGAUGGCCAACUUGAUGUUGUUCCAUUUGAAUAAGUGGUGAAGCAGCCUAACAACACAUUCUGUGAUGAAAUAUUCCCAAACUUUCCAGUCUACCACAACCAGUCAAUGCAAUUUGCAAAUUUCUGCUUCAGUAAAAUGAUAGAAUAAUGAUUAUGCCCUUUUUUUGCCCCUGUGCAUCACAAAUGAUGGGUUAUCAGAGCUAUCCAAAAGCUUUUAUUGGAGUUGUUUUAUUUUUAUCAGAUUUCAUGUCUCUCGGGUUAAAUUAUGGUCUCUUUGGACCUCCGAGUCCAAUGUCUCCCUGAUCCUCUGCCCUCCUUAUUUUGCUUUCUACUUCUCUGUGUCUUUUUAGGGAUGAAUGAGCUUGGCCUGGAGUCCUGGAAGAUUGGGGCCAUUUCGGCUGCUGUUUUCCUGGUUUUGGAGACUGUUAUCAUCAUUAUCUAUAUCCUCAAGUGUCGAAACAAAAACAGGUAGGUAUCCUCAGGUUCAAUGCACCAGGAAACACUCGUCUUUAAAAAAGUUAGAGCUGCAAAUUAAGUGUUUAAGUGACAUCUGCUUCAGGCUAAGUUCUUUUUGCUGGUAUAUAUUGAGGAAAAUUGAGCAUCUACACACUCAAUAGCCACAUAUAAGAAUGGAUUUACAUAUUAUGAGUGGGAAUCAAAAUAACACUUAGCCUGCACUCACACUAGCAGCAGCCAUAUCCCUGUGCUUCUCCUCUAAUAGCUGAAAUAAGCCAUCUGAUUGCUAGCUGUAGUACCAACAGCGCUACAAUCACAGAUGGGACUUACAGCAGUACUGGUACAUGAUUGCUUCUGAUGUUGCCCGGGCUGCAGCUCACAUUUCCACACUGAUAGAUGAUGACAUUAGGAGACUGCAUUCAGGUCUUGUCCACUAUUCUUCUCACAAAAAGAGGAUUGUGUUUCAUCAGUAAUGUGCUGUACUAGUUUUUCAUUACUGGUUUGUCAUAGUCCAGUGCAACAUGUAGUUAAUUUGUGGAAGGGCAACAGUCAGCAACAAUAGCAAUAUGUGAGAAUUUGUGUCUGUUUGUGUAUGUGUGUGUAAUUUGCAGUACCCCGGCCCUGCAGCGAGCAUGUGAAGAAGGGUGUGUAGAGCCAGAGGCAGCUACAGGAGGUGACUGUAGCGACGACACACUCCCUGCAGGCAAUGGGGACACUCAACAGUAUGUUCACAUAUUAACAUCUUUUAACACCAAAAGUGGUUAUAUGGAUCACUGCAUGCAUAAAUUCAUACAGAUGUGUCAUAAAUUAAAGGAAAGCUAGAUGUAAUGGCCCACAACAGGCUGCCAGAACUGCCUCGGUGCCUCUGGACAUAAAUUUUCCAUGUCUUUGGACUCUACCUGAGGGGUGGACAUCAUUCUUCCAAAAUCUAUUUGCCCAUUUGGCGUUUUGAUGAUGGUGGUGGAGAGCGCUGUCUAACACAUCAGUCUGAAAUCUUCCAUAGAUCUGGUGACUGCGAAGGCCAUGCAACGGCAUACAAUACACAUACUUUAAAAAUUUAAUCAGACAAGGUGUCCACAGACAGUACCAGCAGCUCCUAAUGAACUGAAUCAAGCCCAGAUCUCAUUGUCAGCCAAGGACAAACAUUUGUAAACAUCUUAGAUUUAUAGGGGGCGAUAAAUAAGUACUCAGGUCUCAUCUAAACCAUUCCAAGGUUGGCAUGAUCUCACUCAGCUUAGCCAGUAACUCUUUGCAAAGAACUUUUUUUUUUCAUUCUACCGAUUUACUCCUGGAGUUUGAUCUUUCUCUCCCAACAAACUGACUUUUACCAUACAAACACCCUCGUCACUAACACUAGCCAGAUGUCAGACACGUCCAUUGUUGGACAAAUAGAUGGGGUGCACUGACCUGAAAACUUGUGGUUCACAGGGACUACCAGUUAUGCGCUUCUCAGCUGAUUCCCUCCUGGCUGUUUAGUAAGCUAGGCUGCUCACCGGGUCACAUGCGAGUGUGAGUCUCGUGAACUCAAAGCAUUUCUGGGUAAUACUACUAUUUGAACUAAUAAGACUAGCAGGCUUGGAUCAAUAAUAAGCCAAGGAUGUGUGUAUGUGCUUGGGGCGUUCCAAAGAAUGGGGUGAGAAUGUGGGAAAAUAUGAGACUAAAACAGGUCAGAAGUCAAGACAGAGGCUGAGAGUAUUUGAGUAUAGGAAAAGAAAUCUCAUGAAUGUCUGUCUGUUGCUUUAGAAAGUGUGCAAGACACAAAGAGAAAUCUGAUGCGUGCCGAGCACAGACGAUAACAAAACAACACUGAAUUAUUUAACAGUCAUCAGUGUCAUCUUGAAAUGUGUCCUUGUUAAGAGAUUUCAUUGCAGCAGUGACAAUCCAGUUGUCAUUGCAAGAGAGAAUCAGUGAAAACACUUCCAAGAAACCACAAAAGUCACCAGAAUGAUAUCUAAAAGUCACAUCUUUUAACAGCAGUACCGUCUCCACAAUGUCUGCUGCUCGUACAUACAGGGUUGCCUGACACCACAGUGAGCAGCAAGCAGAUUCAGUCACUGUAGAUGAACACUGAAAGCCAGAUAAAAGCCACAUGGAGACUAUGUUCAGUUCAGAAGUUGUCUUUGACCCAUUUUUUUCCCCAGACAAAGACACAUUAAGAACAUAAAGGCAACUUGUAUUCUCAAAAUGAAUACUGGCAUGAAAUCCAUAAAUAUAAGUAUUUAUGCACUUUAUUUUUCAAUAAGGACUUUCAUUGAACCUAACACUGGGAUGGUUCAGAUAGGGGUAGGAGAAAAAAAUUGAUACAGCAUAGUAUUGCAAUAUUUUGUCUGGUGAUAUAUCGUAUCGUCUCAAUGACCAAGUAUCAAUUUUUCAAAUUAAUCGCUAAUAUGAAGUCAAAUCUAUGAUAAUGGAAAAAUGAAAUCAACUGUUUGUCCAGUGAGGUUGGCAGAGGUGACAUCAUAGAGCAGAAGAAAGUUACUACAACAAAUAUAUAUAUAUAAGGUUUGCAAGAUGUGCUACAUGAUAAUAAAAUACAGCGUAAAUAAGACAAACAUAAAGGAAAGACAAAUGCUAAAUUAGCUUAACAGUUGAAAAUAUUUGUAUAAAUUGCAAAAUAUUGAAUCGCAGUACUCAUUGCAAAAUGUUAAAAAUCGCAAUAAUAUCGAAUUGUGGCCAAAGUAACAUGAUAACAUUGUAUUGUGGGGCCACUGGUGAUUCCCACCCCUAGUGUCAGACUGCAAUCCUAAAGCUAACUUCCUUUAUUUCUCCUUACAUUUGAUAAAAUAUGGCUCAAUAUAUCAUGUAUAUCACUUUACCAUCUGGGAAGUAGAAAGGCGGGAUAUGGUGAGGGGGGUGGGGGUUGAAAUGGAAAGGUAAUUAAGCAGGCUCAAAAACUGAAAAUAAAGACAAGUGAGAUCUAGAAGUUAAUUAACUAAAAAGGCUGAAUCUCCUAAAAUAAGUAAUGAUACAAAAUGCUCAACAUAACAAAACAGCUCCAACCUGACCUAGAAAACGCUGGUACUCUGGUAGGACUCAAGGUAGCAGAGUUUUACUGAACACAGUGUAAGAUAACAACAGAAAAGCAAUGAAUGACCACGGCACACUCUUGACAGUGUGAUGCCUUUAUACACCUGGUGUGACACUGGGGUUAACGCUUUGGAUACCCUUGAGUGUAAAUCAUCUAAGCCGGCAUAUUAUAACCCAAACAGCACUUUCAGAAACUCAUUCAUUCAGGAUACUCCAUCACCUGCUAUUAGUCAAUAAUGUCAAGUGAUCUAUCUAUAUCAAGUGGUGUCAUUUAGUCUCAGAGUAUCUUCUUCCAACACAGUUUUUAAGCGUCUCCAUCUGGUGCUGAAGUCAUUAAAUAAACAGACUCUAUUCCCAUUUACUCACAGUGCUGUAUUCAACAGCAGCUCUACAGCCAUUAAGAAGACAUUAAAUUUCAUUGUGUGUACAUUCUACUGGUAGUCUUUGGAUCUCAACAGAAUAGAUUUAUGUAAAACAACUGUGAGGAAACUGUUCUUUUAAUUUUUCUAGGAAAAACAAGUAUAAUUGUAGAUCGCCUCAAUUUACUGUCAGUGUAUGUUUAUUUAUGUUAUAUGACGCUAAAUCUUCUCUUCUUUGUGAUAUAUUUUCUCCCAACUGUAAAAUAGCUUCUCACUACCUCACUGUCCCCUCUGUUAGGAUAGCAGCACUCGACCCAUCUGAUGUGGCUUCGACUCUGAUCCAAAACAUAGAGAAGCACCAAGAAGAGAACGCGAUAGCCAUGUCAAACCUCCCACCCAGCUCCACUGUGGAGUCGGGCACCACCGGACCCACCCCAGACUCCUCACAAGACCUCAGAACUUCCACUCUCUAGGGGGUCCGACUGUUUUGCUUGUUCUUACUGUUUCCAAAUAAACCCCCCAAAUCCACCAAUCAUCGAUUGUAUUUUGUUUUCUAACUCUUGUCAACCCAACAAAGACUGCCUGCAUGGAUUUUGACUGUAAUAACUACAGUUUAUGUCGUACAUUUACAUUAGGUGUAACCUCUGGCUGGAUGCUCAAGUGAGAGUGUUUGUAUGUGUGUGAGAGUGUGAGUGAGUGUUUGUCUGAAAUCAAAGAAACACAUACAGCAACAUAUUUGUCAAGUGUUUGAAAGUGUUGAAGAAGAGAAUUGCAUUAACAGAUGAGAGCUCCUGUGUGAAC